CCGGCGGGUCCCGGUCGGUCCGUCCUCGUCCUCUUCAUCUUCGUAAUCAUCAUCAUCAUCAUCAGCUUCAUCAUCAUCUAGUCCUCAUGGCGGCUCGGGAGGACGUCAGCGAGGAGACUUCCAAAGUCAAGUUGUUGUCUUCCGCUUUCGGGAGUGACAAGUCCAGACUUCACGGCUCUGGGUUCCGGUCCAAAGGCUUCGCCAUCACGGACCUGCUGGGACUCGAGUCGGACCUGCAGGCGGCGCGCCAGCAGCCCGGUUCGGGUUCGGCCGCGGCUGUGGAGCCUCAGGGCGCCGGCGGAGGAGUCCUGGGGGGCGGCUUCUCCUUCCCGGGCGGCUCACUUCCGCUGGGACUGGGCUUCCUGUGCAGCCUGGCGGCCCAGCAGCCCCCCGGGGCGCCGUGCUUCCUGCCUGGACACCUGCCCCUCCUCCAGGCCCGGCCUGACGGCCACUACCUGCACAGCCUGGAGGCUCAGAGGGACGCCUUCUCCGACGAGGAGGUUCUGUCCGACCACAACGAGUCCAAAAAUUGUGGAAGUUCCCAGAAGAGGAAGAAGCGCCGACACAGGACCGUGUUCACGUCCCACCAGUUGGAGGAGCUGGAGAAAGCCUUUCACGAGGCCCACUACCCCGACGUGUACGCGCGAGAGAUGUUAGCCGUCAAGACGGAGCUACCCGAGGACCGCAUACAGGUGUGGUUCCAGAACCGGCGUGCCAAGUGGCGUAAGCGUGAGAAGUGCUGGGGUCGCAGCAGCGUCAUGGCCGAGUACGGCCUGUACGGCGCCAUGGUACGCCACUCCAUCCCGCUCCCAGAGUCCAUCCUCAACUCGGCCAAGAACGGAAUGAUGGGCUCGUGCGCGCCCUGGCUGCUCGGUGAGCCGCAUGCACGAAUGCACAAGAAGUCACUGGAAAUGUCCAAAAAAUGUCCCAAUUCCAGUCCCAGCGAUUUGGACUCAAAGCGCUCCGACUCGUUCUGCGACACGCCCGAGGCCCGGGAGGCAGUGUGUGUUCACACCGGGGAGGAGUUACUUGAGGAGGAGGAGACAGAGGAGGAGAUGGCAAUGGACUUGUCCAGCUCCUCCAAACAGCCGCAAGAGGAAGUCAGUGCCUCGCUAAGGUCCGCCUCCUCGCCGCGUCGGCACAGCGGCAGCAGAGCGGAAGAACGGUCCUGAAGGUCCGCUUGAAGCAGAAGCGCCCUCGUGGAGCCACGGCAUCCUCUGUUACUGUGGCAACCCCACAUUUGCACAUGAGCACUAGCGUGCUAAGCUGUUAGCCUCUAGCAGCUAAAUGCUAAUCAAGAGAGAGAAUGUGAAUGUUAGCAUCGUUAGUCGUGUGAUUAUACGCUAACGUGACAACUGGACUGUCUCAUUGUAGUUGUCAAUUGUAAAUGUUUAUUUAUUGAUUGUAUUGAGAAAGUGUUUUAUAUUGUAACUUUGUUUACUUUUGUCUUGUCUGUAAUAUUUAAAAAAAAAAAGAUUUUUUUUUUAUUAUUGUAGCAGCAGCUGCUGCUGCACAAUAAAGGCAAAAAUAUUUUUUGAACCUC